UAUAGUCAUUGUUUCGUUCUUUUCAGUAGUAACGCGAUGGAGUGACAUCCGGCGAGGAUGCGGUGGUUCAAGAAGGGAGAGCCGCCGCGCCUGCUGGCCGCGACGCCCGAGCCCGAGACACGCUCGUCGCGCCGCGCCAGGAUUGACAUGUCUCCAGGACGGUUUGCCAAUCGGAACAGUAGCAGCAGUUCAGUGGAAACAAAUUUCUAUAACCUCAGCGACCAAAUAAUAAUUGUAGAUAAAUCACCGAUUCCAUGUCACCAAAGUGAGGACACACCUGUUGCUCGCCGAAUAUCCGUGCAGAACAGCUUCACUCCACCGCAAGAUACAUACACGAGUCGCAAAAACCGCGGGGGCUCUUUGGAAAAGGAGUACAUGGUGUACCGCGAAAAACGAAAUCCGCUACUAGACAAAGUGAAAAAUACUAAAUUGUCCUGUUUCAAGUCUAUAGGACCAUUGCAUUAUGGAGAUGACGCUGCUUCGACUUCGGGCAGUGAGUGUAGCCGAUUUGGACUUCCGGAAGAUGUUGCUCAUUGUCGAUAUGACGGAAACUAUCCCAAUAGUCACAUUGAAUUUGAAAACCAGAAUCCCUGGGUAAGAAUGCCGAACUACGAUGACGACGUGUUUGUUCCUAAAGGCAUUCCAACUCAUGUUGAUAGACAUUGGAGAGAUGGUAAAUCAUUCAAUGCUAGAGGCACUAGAUGCUACAGCUCAGGAUCUGAAUGUGAUCGCUAUCAUCCUGUGCCUAAAGUCGGCACAAAACUUUCCAAGUCUAGUGAUCAAAUAUUUAAUGAUGAUUACGAAAACUUUGAGAGUGCACCUUCAAAUAUUCUAAUCAAACCACAAAAAAAGACUGAUAAAUUUAAGCAAAAAGAUGAUAAGGACACAAUCGGACCUAGUUCUUGUCUGUCAGCUAAGCUAAGAGCAAUGUCAGAUAGAUAUCUAAAGUCAUCCACUAAUAAGUUUUUCUCCAAACUUUAUAAGCCAAAAGGUGACGAAGACGAAGUGGAUGGGAGUAAUGAAAAUAUAUUAAAAUCAACCAGUGCAUUGAACAGGAGUCGAAAGAAACGUGGUGGCGUCAAAGCUAAAUUACGGAGUUUUUCUUACGGUGCACUACCAGGUUUAGAUGAAUUCCAAAAAGGCAAUAGCUCUGUGUUUCAUGAUGAUGUUUACCAAGCAUCAUGUGAUGAUGAAAAUGUGUUAAUACAAGACUGUGAAGAUGCUGACUCAGGAAUUCUAGUCAACGAAUCGGCAGCCUCUUCAAUAUUUGAUAGUGAUAGAAUAUCUUCUCGCUGUGAAAGCUCUGCGUCACAUGUAAAUACUUUAGUACCUUGUCACGGAAGAAGCGUAUCUGGUGAUCACACUUAUAUAAAGGCGAGAGUUUCAAGCCGGUUGAGUAGAGACAGAAACAGCGGUUCUAAAACACGGCUUAGACAUAACCAAAGGGCAUUAUCACUGGACCGUAAAGAGAUUCUAAGACGCAUGCCAAAUAACAGUGUAUCUGAGGAACCUCAUUUCUUGCAACUGACAGAAAAACAAAAAAUGAGGCAAAGAGACGUUAGCCAAGGUGACGCUGGUAUCCCACCGAUUCCUCCUUGCAGAAAACCCACCAAAUGUAAUAAAUCCGAAAAAGUGGAAUACAAAGUGGUGCGUAUCGUCCGCCGACACCCUUCUGAAGAACUAGGGAUAUUUAUUGCAAAAACAAAACUGCCCGAUGAAGGUCACGUUGGAUACUUGGUAGCUCACGUAGUUCCAGGAGGACUCGCUGAAAAAGAAGGGACGUUGUGUAUUGGCGAUGAAUUACUUAACGUGAAUGGGCGACGCCUUCGUGAUCUUACAAUGGCCGAGGCAAAAGAAGCUCUUAAAUCAGGGGCCCCUGAAAUCGAUAUUAUAAUAGGCAGGCAACUAGACAAAACGGCCCCUGAUGUUAAACAAAGGCCAUCUUCCCAAAGAAAGCCGCUAAUGAUGAGAGAGAGCUCAGUUGAUUAUGAAAAUGCAGUAAUUUUAGGUAAAGACAGGAGAGUCGAUAAAAUUGACGUCAGGAUAGACCGGCGGCGGUCGCAGGACGAGUCGUGUAAUCAGAGCGCGCUAUCUGCAACGGACGGGGCGAGCGACGGGGCAAACACACACUCACACUUCCAUAAGGGCCAGAACGCGACCUACAGCAGCAUGAACAACAAGCUGCUACGCCGGCAGGUCGUCAGCUACGGUGGCGCCAACAAGGAGGGCCUCGCGCUCAGUUGUGCCGGUGACAUCGUCGACGUCGACACGCCCGACGCGGCGGAACGAACCAAAGUCAAAAACAACAUUGAACCGCAUACACCGAACGCGGCAAACUUUUGCACGCUUCCCCGCAAGCCGAAAGCACCCACGCACAGUUACCACACGAUCACGUUCGAAAAGGGCAACGGGAAGAAACCUCUCGGCUUUACCAUCGUGGGAGGACGAGACUCCCCUAGAGGUCCGCUGGGGAUAUUCAUAAAAAGCAUCUUACCACAAGGACAAGCUAUCGACGAUGGAAGACUUCAAGCAGGAGACGAGGUGCUGGCGGUGAACGGGCAGGCGUGUCAUGAGCUCGCGCACGUGGAAGCCCUGGCUCUCUUCAAAGCGGUGCGCAAUGGCCCCAUCGAGCUCAGGGUCUGUCGAAGAGCAAGGAAUCCUCAAACUACCAAAGCGAAGUCAUGUACAGAUCUUCUCAAUGAUGAAGAAUGAAUAAUCACUACCAACGUUAUGCUGCUGUAAAUAUUAUUAGAUUGUUACGUUAAUAUUAAAAAUCAAAUCUCAAAAUAAUCAGUUAAACAAUUAUAAACUCAUAUGUAAGUAUAUAUUUAUCAAGUAAAAUAAGAACGCAUUAUGAAUGUAUCCAAA